AUGGCAGCUGUUCUCAUGCCAAAUGGAAACGUUGUGUUCCUCGACAAGUAUGCGUACUCAGCUGAAUAUAAUCUCACGACAAACACGGCGCGAGGCUUGACUUGCAAGACGAACGCUUUCUGCUCUGGAGGCUCCUUUCUCGCCGACGGCCGUGUCAUAUCGGUUGGUGGCAAUGGGCCCCUAUUGCACAUCGACCCAACUGUUGGUGAUGGGUUUCGUGCAAUACGUUAUCUCGAGCGGGAAAUUGAUGAUAGCGAUGGUGAUGAUGACGAUGACGGAUGGUAUGAGUCUGGCCAUCGAUUAUCUACUCCUCGUUGGUAUCCAAGUGUUCAGAUAAUGCCCGAUAAAAGACUUUUCGUGGCCUCCGGCAGCGUCAAUGGAUUGGAUCCCACGAAAGAGGAAAAUAAUAACCCGACAUUUGAAAUCUUAGACCAGAAUGGCAGGUCCAUUAGCCACAGUAUCCGUCUUUCUAUCUUAGAAAGGAACCAGCCGUAUUACAUGUACCCGUUCUUGCAUUUGCUGAAAGAUAGCAGGCUUUUUAUCUUUGUUUCUCGUUCUGCAGAGAUUUACGACGUGACUAACCAAAAGACCACCCGACGGCUCCCAAAUCUACGAGGUGCACAUAGGACGUAUCCUAAUUCAGGAGGAAGCGUUCUUUUACCACUAAAAAUGGACAACAAUUGGGAACCUGAUAUUAUUGUUUGCGGUGGUGGAGCCUACGCAGACAUAACGAGCCUUGCUGACCGCACGUGUGGACAUAUCCAACCACUGUCAGCGGACCCCGUAUGGCAAAUAGAAAAAAUGCCCGAAGAAAGGUGGACACAGGUGGACGACUGCUGGUUCCUCCUGGAUCCCUCGCUUAUACCAUUCAGUUGCACCCUACUUUUGGAUGGCACCGUCAUGGUUGCCGGUUCAAAUCCUAUAGAACAACCCAGGCUGGAACCCGACUUCAGAAGCCCAGCAACUACAUAUGUGACAGAAUUUCGGGUUGAAAUUUAUACUCCUCCUUAUCUUAAUGAGGAUAACGCCUUCAAGCGGCCGCGAGAUAUCUGGAUUUCUCAGAAGCACAUCAGUGCUGAUGGGACAUCCUUUGUUACCGCCUUUACUGGGUUCGAAGUGUAUCCAUGGCGCAUUCGCGCAGCAUCGUGCCUCCUGGGCCUUAUGUUAUUUACGUCGUGCUCGAUGGAGUACCCGGAGUGGGACAGUUUGUUAUGCGUUACAGAGAAAGAGAAAGGAGAGGCACGCUCAGGCACCCAGGCACUCACUGGUUGCACACUCCUCGCUAUGAACCCCUUUGCUACUAAGGACAUGGCCGAUGCUCUCCCUGAGGUCAUGCCCCCAGUAAGCCGUCUGGACCAGGAGGCAGCCACACUUGCUCGUGACAAGGGUUGGGUAGAGCCUGAAAAGUAUGAUUACACGCGAUAUGCUGGGCAGACUACUGAGACUCCUGCCAACGGUCACAAUGUCCCCGUCAACACCAUUCCCUGGGCAUCUGACGCUCGUAAAUAUGAGUGGAAAGAGGAGUACGGCGAUGUUGGGCCAAAGGAUGAAGAACUUGAAAAGAUGCUUUUUCGCAGCGAGUUCAUCAACCGUGCUGGUGUCAAAUUUGAGAAUAUCAGCAGCAUCAAAGUCGUCGUCGAAGCUACUACGAAGGUUGCUCCAAUUGCCAGCUUCAAAGACGCUGGCUUGCAUCCCGUGAUGCUAGAAAACAUUGCCUUGUGUGGGUAUAAGAUACCAACCCCGAUUCAAGCGUAUGGGAUACCCACAAUCCUUGAAGGUCGCGACCUCAUGGCCGUAGCACAAACAGGUUCUGGGAAAACUGCGGCCUUUCUCAUUCCCAUUCUCUCGAAAUUAAUGGGAAAAGCAAAAAAGCUGACUGCUCCUCGUCCAAACGUUGGAGCAAGCUUCGACCCUAAAGAGAACGCAGUGCGCGCCGAGCCGUUGGUCUUGGUUAUUGUUCCUACUCGAGAACUGGCUUGUCAAAUCUUUGACGAAGCUCGCCGUUUAUGCUAUCGGUCUAUGCUUCGCCCUUGCGUGGCUUAUGGCGGUGGCCCUAUCUCCCAUCAACGAACGGAACUUCAGCAGGGCUGCGACAUUCUCAUUGGAACUCCCGGUCGCCUGAUCGAUUUUAUGAGCAAGCCCCAUAUCCUCUCACUGCGGCGCGUUAGGUACACCAUCAUCGACGAGGCCGAUGAGCUCUUGCAGGCUGAUUGGGAAGAAGAUUUCACUAAGCUUCUGUCUGGUGGUGAUGCAAACGAAGAUGGUGACCACUGCUACAUGAUGUUUUCGGCUACUUUCAACAAGGGCUGUCGUGAAGUCGCUCGUAAGCAUCUGGAAAACGACCAUGUUCGCAUCCGUGUUGGUCGUGCCGGCAGUACCCAUGUCAACAUUCAGCAGAAGAUUGUCUAUGCAGAUGAAGACGCCAAAAAGCGGUGUCUAUAUGAUCGAUUGCUGUCAAUGCCUCCUGCUCGUACCCUGGUUUUCGUCAAUUCCAAGGCACAGGCUGACUUGAUUGACGACUACCUCUACAACAUGGGCCUUCCCAGUACUUCUAUUCAUAGUGGUCGUACCCAGCGAGAACGCGAAGAUGCCAUGAUCGCCUUCCGUUCUGGUAAGACGCCUAUUCUGAUUGCAACUGGCGUCUCCGCUCGUGGGUUGGAUGUAAAAAAUGUGAUGCACGUCAUCAACUAUGAUUUGCCCAAUGUUGAUCACGGUGGUAUUGACGAAUACAUCCAUAGAAUUGGCCGUACUGCGCGUAUCGGCAACGAGGGAUUCGCAACAUCGUUCUAUAAUAAUGAAAAAAAUACUGAGAUAGCUCGUGAUCUUGUCAUGGUACUUAUGGAAACCGAUCAAGACAUCCCAGAUUUCCUUCAGGAGCUAAAACCUGAAGGCAAGCCUGUGUUCGAUGACGAUACCGACGGAGAAGCGGAGACUAAGGAGACAACGCCAAUAGAAGAACCAGAGAUUUCCUCUUUCUCUGAGACCGUCCUUUCAAACGAAACUGACGGUACAGCAGGUGUGCUUGCCUGCGAGGGCUCUUGCCUCCAGUGCAAGCUCAGUGUAAUCAAGAACAUUCUUCCAACCGAGCCAUGCAGUACUUCCGUUAUUCAACAAUAUCUCUGGAGCAUCAACUAUUACUCUUUCGUCGCCUUCACUAUCGCCAUAAUGGCGCCCAUUACUGUGCUGGUGUACUUUAUCCUUCUCAUAGGCGUCUCCCAAACCAUCGCGAUGAUACCGCAACGAAUGGGCCCGUACGAGUUUGUUAUUGAUACCUUCUGUGAGAGUCCAUUCAAUGAACUCGGUGCGUGGCAUGGCCCUGGAGAAAAUCUACCCAUAAAAUAUGACGAAGACGACGAUGGUGACUGUCUAAUGCGCCUGUUUCCCUCCAAUCCCGAUCACAACUAUCAUACCCAAUUCUCUUAUUCCUGCUUCGAUCUCACCGACCAUGAGGACAUGUACCUUCAUGUUGAGUAUUCCGGGAGUGACGCGUUCACAAUUUCGAUCUUUCAGCACAAUGGUGAAUGUAACUCUUACCGAGCACCGUACCCAGGGACGUCGGAUAGUGUUGAGGCUGCUCGCUACACAACCUCAGACAACAACAACAACAUCUAUGUCCCAAUAUCUCACUUCUACGUUGACCUCGACAUCGUAUCAUCAAUUGGCUUCCACGGUUUUUACACUACGGACGAAACAAUACUUCGAAAGGUCGAGAUUGUAAAGUACUUACCAGACGAUGUCGAGAUCCCUCGGAAGCUGCCAACGGGCACCUUAGUCCUGAAUUGCAAGAGACCGAACUCCUUUGCAUUUGGUAUCGAUGACGGAGAUCCCAGGCUAGCACAAGAGGUUAUGGAAAUACUUGAUGAUGAGGAUAUCACGGUGACAUUCUUCGUCGUUGGGAUGGGUCUGUUAGAUCCGAGUACAAACUUUACAGAUGUCUAUACAGAAAUGCUUCGACGGGGUCACCAGGUUGCUCUACAUUCAUCUACGCACCCAAAAAUGGAAGGCCUGCACACUCGUGAUGAGAUUGAUGAUGAGAUUUUGGGCGGAUAUUAUGCCAUCAAGGAACUUCUCGGCGUUGAAUCUCGAUACUUUCGCCCGCCGUAUGGUACCGUGGGAGCUCGCACAAGACAACGAUUAUCGACGCUUCUUGAUGACCCAUACAUCGUGAAUUGGAGUGUGGACGUAGAGGAUUGGUUGUGGGCUGGCACAGAUCGACCAGAAAGGCAACUAAGAGCCUUCCGUCGUGAUGUCGAUAGAGGAGGUGAUUUGGUAGUGAUGCACUACCUCACUUGGGAUACAGUGCAAUACUUCCGCGACUUCAUACAAAUUGCUAGGGACACGGGGAAGCAAAUCAUGAGGGUUGACCAGUGUAUGAUGGACCCCGAUGCUCCUGAGCUGAUUUCGGUACUUGGUGAAAAUGGGAAACUAUUGCGGACGCAGCUACAGUCGCAAAGUGUCCUUGAUUCUCAAGUUGGACGCAUUACAAGACACACAGAUAAAACAAUGCCUCCAAAUGACUCAGACCAUAACACAACAGCAGCCCCAAAUCAACAGCCAGCAUCAUCUACAAUGUCCACACCAGCACACCAAGACCCCUCAACCUACCCACGCAAAGUCCAUCUCGACGACGAAAAGAUCUACCUCGAACUAACCUACACUCCUCUCGACACAAACUCGAUCCUAUCCCACGUCUCCUCUCCGUCUGCAGGCGCCAACGUCCUUUUCCUCGGCACAACACGCGACUCAUUCAACAACCGCGCCGUAUCCCAACUAAGCUACACCAGCUACGCGACGCUCGCCCUCAAAACACUCACAGAGAUUGCGCGAGAAGCCAAACGAGCAUUCGCCAUUGACAGCGGCAAUGGCAAUAGUGGCCUGAUAGCAAUAAGCAUUGCCCAUAGAUUAGGCGUUGUCCCGAUCUCUGAGGCCAGUAUAGCGAUUGCCGUGAGUGCGGGGCAUAGGGGAACAGCGUGGAGAGCAGCGGAGUCAUUGUUGGAGAGCUGUAAGGAAAAGUUGGAGGUUUGGAAGAGGGAGGAGUUUGUAGGUGAGAGGCCGGAGGAUGGGGAGUGGAGGGCUAAUAGGGAUACGGAUCCGGAGGGGAGGUUUGUCGAGAAGUGA